AUGCCACCUUCGAUGGUGGCUUACUUCGAAAAGCCUGAAAAGGUUUAUGAACGUUUUCAAAAAGUUGUCAAAUUUCAAUUGACGCAAAAAGCGCGCUUAGGAUUACAUCUAUUUAAUGAAUUACCACAACAAUUGCGGAAAGUCCAUAAGGAAGUAAAUGCUAUGUUAAAACUUAAAGCGAAACUCACAUCUGAGUUGGAUGAGGAGAAAAAACGUUUUGAAAAACAAAAACGAUACUUGGCUUAUAUGCAAAACUCAAUGGAAAUGGUAGAUACGAAACGAACUCAUAAAACAGAUUUGUCUGACGCAAUGUCUAAUUUAAAAAAGCGACUAACAACACCAACAUUAAGUGCGUCCGUUUCGGAAAGUUUUAAAAGCACUGGAAGAAAUGUCACUAUCACUUCAAUGCCAAAAUGCGGUGUAGACUUUAAUUUGUAA